GAGAGCUUGAAAUUGAAUAAAUCACUUAUCAAAUAUGGAGUCUGUGUAUCCUCUUAUAAGGUCCCAGGUGAAUACCAGGUUUUCUUCAAGCAAAAUGGUACCUUUCCACUUUCCUCCAUCAAAGUGUGCACUUUGGAACCCAAUGCCAAUUGGUGAUUUUAUCUGCUUACAUCUCAGUUACUUCAGAAAUCCAAAGCUUGUGGUGACUGAAAAGACCAUCCGACUUGCUUACCGCCAUGCUAAGCAAAAUACAAAAAGCACACCGUGCUUCUUGCUUGGUUCUCUCACAGUGGAUGAUGAUGAAGAAGGUGUAACAUUGACCAUAGAUCGCUUUGAUCCUGGUCGAGAAAUACCUGGAUGCUUAGAAAGAACUCCUACUGCCUCUCUCCCAGGGGACUUUUUAAUUCCCUGCAAAGUUCAUAUUCAAGGAGUUUGUUCAAGAGAAAUGACAAUUGACAAUGUGGAUGACUUCAAUUCAACUUUUAAAGCUCUACAGCACCAUGUAUGUAGCAAAGAUUCCUUGGAUUGUGGUAAACUGCUUUCUGUACGAGUGCAUAUCACUUCCAGGGAGAGUUUGGACAGAGUGGAUUUUGACUUCUACUGGGAAGCAGUAACUCUAGCAAAUAACUUCAAGUGUGCACCUGUGAAACCCAUCCCCAUUAUUCCAACAGCUCUGGCAAGAAACUUGAGUAGUCAUUUGAAUAUUUCUCAAGUUCAAGGUACCUAUAAGUAUGGAUAUCUCACCAUGGAUGAGACACGCAAAUUGUUACUUUUGCUGGAAUCUGAUCCCAAGGUUUGUUCUCUACCGUUAGUGGGAAUGGUUUUUUCAGAAUCUGGAAAUUUCAUCAUAGUUCUCUAUUCUUUGACACACAAGGAACCUGAGUAUUACGAAUGCCUCCCCUGUGAUGGCCGGAUAGCUGACCUUCAAUUUCGCUCACUAACCAGCAAGGAAACAUUGCAUCUUUUCAAUAAUGUGGAACCAUCUGACAAAAAUCUAAUCCAUUUUGAACUAAGUUCUGAAAGCCAAGAUGUAGAAAACAAGUUUUUCAGCAACAUUUCUAAGAAUCUUUCAGUUAAGAGGUGUUCCCAGAAGUUAACUCCUGGUAAAAUACCAGCAAGUGACCCUGACUCUGGUGUUGAAGAUGAAGACUUUUCUCCAAGACCAGUUCCUAGUCCUCAUCCAGUGAGUCAGAAGAUUUCUAAGAUCCAGCCAUCAGUUCCUGAACUUUCACUUGUAUUUGAUAGCAAUUUCAAAGAAUCCAAUCAUCUGUCUAAUACAUUGGCUUUGAUGAAUACUGAAAUUCCUCCAUUGAUCAACCAUUCUGAGCACUUGAAGCCCUUCCAGCCUGAUCUUCAUGAUGAGAAACACAACCCAGAAGCUGAAGCUGGAGACCCUUUGAAAAUGAUACCCAAUCAAUUAACCCAGAGUACUGCUCCUUUGAAGCUUUGUAAAGUAAAACAGCCAUCUUCCUGUUCCCAUCUUGAAAACAACGUUGUUAAACCAUCUCCUCCUAAUGUGCUACCUCCUGAUGUAUCUGAGAAGCUUCAAGUACUUGUUCAUGGCAAUGUACAAAAAGAAGAGUAUCCUCAAAGACCCUCCACAUUUAAUUCUAGGCAGUCUUCUCUUGUUUCACAGUCCCACCCACAUAAUUUUGUCUUUUCGUCCCAUCAUUCAGGAAGAUCAGGGGAACUUGAGAUACCUCCUCCAUUACUACCACCUUAUUAUUCCGCAAAUGUUUGUACCUGUUGUCAGCAUUAUGGUCAUAUUCAGUAUAGUCCCAUAAAUUCUUGGAAAGGAAUAAAUACGGUAGGGUCCAUUCAAGAUCUCCAAAGUGACGCACUUCAGAAGCAUUCAUUACUUCACCCAAAUGGAUGUCCAGCUCUGUACCAUAAUGCAUUCUAUUCUUCAAGUAGUCCUGUAGCCUUGAGACCUCAAGGAGGCAUGGAUAGUUGUCCUUCCCAUAGCAGUACAAAACCAUCACCUGUGGCAUGGCCUUCACCUCUGGACUCAUGUAACCCACAGCCUUGUGUAUUGUGCACCCACACUCCCACACCUGGGUCAGAUAAUGGAAUGAUGGGAUUAUCUCCAGAUGCAUAUCGAUUUGUCACAGAGCAAGACAGACAGCUGAGACUACUUCAGGCACAGAUUCAACGUUUAUUGGAAGCCCAGUCUCUGAAGCCUGGUUCCCCAAAGAAAACCUCUGUUGAAGACAUGGUGCAAGAUCCGAGACAAAUGGAGCUGGUUGCCAUGGAAGCUCAGCCUUCCCCUGGCUUGCACAUGAGAAAAAGCGUAAGCAUUGCUGUGAGCACAGGUGCUAGCUUGUUUUGGAAUCCAGCUUGUGAUGAUCAAAAGCCUGAUUCUCAGCUGAAACAAGAUGAUACCAAGAUUUCCAGUGAGGACAUGAAUUUUUCUGUUGAUAUCAGUAAUGAAGUCACAAGUCCUCCAGAUAGUGCAUCAUCAUUAAAAGCAGUUGAUAUUCCCAGUUUUGAAGAUAGCAAUGUUGCUGUGGAAGAAGAAUUUAAUCAGCCAUUUUCUGAAUCCAACUCUUCAGAUGAUAGAAAACAGGACGUGCCUGUGUUCUUUCCAAGUGCUGUGCUGACAGAUAGCGUGAGCAUGCACUUACACCCUGAGCCAACAGAGGGCGCCAGCAACAACACUGUAACAUCAGGCGAACCAAAGCUUGAGCAUGUAAUACAAUCCUUACCUCAUCAAUCUCCAGACAGUCAGAAACUUUACCGAGAUUUACUGGGUCAAGUGAACCACCUAUUAAGUAACUCUUUGAAAGAAACUGAGCAACCAUCUACCAAAGCAGUAAUUAUCAGCCAUGAAUGUACCAGAACCCAAAAUGUUUACCACACAAAGAAAAAAAAACACAACCCAGGACUGGUAGAGAAAGACUGUGUUCUCAACGCAACGCUUAAGCAACUAAGAAGCCUGGGAGUAAAAAUCGAUUCUCCUACUAAAGUGAAGAAAAAUGCACAUAAAGUAGAUCAUGCCAGUGUGUUGGCGUGCAUCAGCCCAGAAGCAGUGAUCUCUGGAUUAAACUACAUGUCAUUUGCUAAUGUUGGCAUGAGUGGUUUAAGCCCCACUGGUGUGGAUUUGAGCAUGGAGGCAAAUGCUAUAGCGCUGAAAUAUUUAAAUGAAAAUCAGCUGUCACAACUCUCUCUCACUCAAUCAAACCAAAAUAAUGCUGAUUCAUCUUUUAGCCUUCUGCAUGUCAAUACAGACAGAAGCACAAUGGGGCUUAACUUGGUUUCACCAAGCAACAUGUCAUUUGCUACUAAAAAAUACAUGCAGAGAUACGGACUCAUACAGAGCAGUGACAACAGUGAGGAUGAAGAGGAGCCUCCCAGCCAUGCAGAUCGCAAGAGCGACUGUUUGUUAAAUCAAAACUCUACAACUGUAUCUGCACAACCUGGUUGUCAGAAAGACCCUUCUGGGAAUACCUGUGAAUCUGGGGACAAACACACAGAGAUGCCAGUACUGAGAAAUAUUACAAAUGAAGUUGUGCAGUCAAAAGUAGCACAGAGGUUGAAUGAAAAUCCACCUUUAUUAAGGAGCCCUAAACCAACUCCUGCAAUGAACCUCCGAACUGGAAAGGCAGAGUUUACUCAACAUCCUGAGAAAGAAAAUGAAAGGGACAUUCCAAUUUUUCCUGAAAGUUUACAACCUUCUGAAACAUUAAAGCAAAUGAAUAGUAUGAACUCAGUAGGUACCUUUUUAGAUGUAAAGCGUCUCAGACAGUUGCCCAAAUUAUUUUAAGACUUAACUCCCUCCUUUCUGAUACAGGGUGUGUCUGGGUGUGUCCUGAAGGUACUUAGAGAAGCCGGAGCCCUUUUUGGGAGUCAGUCUGCUUCUCGGUACCGGCACUAGCAUCUUAUCUGUGGGCUGGCAAGCUAGUGGAAGGCCACCUUGUUUAAAUAAAGGUUUUCAGCAUCACUGACACCUUAAAAAACACCAAAAACUAAGAUCAGCUAUUUCAGCAUACUUAGGAAAACAGACACUGUUCAGACUGCACUACUGUCUUACGCUGUGUAUUUCACAAAGUCCCUUUUUGUAGCAGGUAGCGUCUCUGCAUCGACCCAAUCAGUGAAAGAACAUAGAGCUGUUGUGACUCAAGCUGGAUUAGCAAAAUCAACCUUUCUUGAGCUUAAAGAAGAAGUUAUUUUUUAAAAAAUAACUCAAGAUCUUUUAUGCAAGAGAUAUAGUUCCUUUUAAUUAAGAUGCGUUAGUAAAUUCUGGAAGACUUGGCAGUUUGUUGGGUUGAUGUUUAGCAUCUUAACAUAUAGCACUAGCUGUCACAAUAAGAAAAUUAUUGCGUAUCAGUGUUUUAUAGACUUUGUGAUUUUCAAAUGUCUU